CCCGUUUUCACUCUUUCUCUCUUCCUUGCCCUGCUUGUCCCUCUUACCUAGACGAUAAAAAAUCCACUAAUUUCCAAAUGGCUCUGCGUUCAUUGGCCACCAGAAAAACCCUAACCCAGGGCCUCAACUCGGUCAAGCUGACUCAGUCUCGUGCAUUGCAGACCUUCUCGCUCCCUGAUCUUCCUUACGACUAUGGCGCACUUGAGCCGGCCAUCAGUGGGGAGAUCAUGGAGCUCCAUCACCAGAAGCAUCAUCAAACUUACAUCACUAACUAUAACAAGGCGUUGGAGCAGCUCCAUGAGGCUAUCCUGAAAGGUGAUUCUUCCACCGUCGUUAAAUUGCAAAGCGCCAUCAAGUUCAACGGCGGAGGUCAUAUCAACCACUCAAUUUUUUGGAAGAAUCUUGCCCCUAUUCGUGAAGGAGGAGGUGAGCCUCCAAAAGGUUCUUUGGGUUGGGCCAUUGAUACAAGCUUUGGUUCAUUCGAAUCAUUGAUUCAGAAGAUCAGUGCUGAGGGUGCUGCUUUGCAGGGCUCUGGUUGGGUGUGGCUUGGAGUGGACAAGGAGUUGAAAAAACUUGUGAUUGAAACAACUGCAAAUCAGGAUCCACUUGUGACUAAAGGGCCAAAUUUGGUCCCUUUGCUUGGCAUAGAUGUUUGGGAGCAUGCAUAUUAUUUACAGUACAAGAAUGUUAGACCAGAUUAUCUGAAGAACAUAUGGAAAGUCAUCAACUGGCAAUAUGCAAGUGAAGUGUACGAGAAAGAAUGUCCUUGAGCUGGGAGCCCUUAAGGUAUAGAAUUAAGAUUGCUGCCUUUUGGUUUUGGCAAGGGGAAUAAUAUGAUGUAUUCUUACUGAUGAAGGGUCCCUUUUUGUUUUUAAUUUCAUGUGUAUGUGUACUGUAUGAGAGUAAAUAAUAUUGAGCUUUAUGCUCAAGUAUGUUGUUUCUCCCUUGUGAAUUUAUACUUGCCCCCUGUUCUUGGGUUUUUGCUUGACUGUUUCAGUGGAAAUACCAUUUAUGCAAUCA